GAAGUCUACUAUAUUACAACAAUAUGAAAUGGACUUUCUUGUCCCUCUAUCCUCUUCCUUAAUCACUUUGCCAAAGAAUACAAAAACCAUCCAACAAAAGCCAUCUUUUCUAGUCUUAUAUAAUAAUCAAAAAAUAACAAUCACUACAAUUAUUUAAUUCUUCUAUAUUUCAUCCUACACCCCAUUAUUCGUCUUCAAUAUUACUACUACUUUCAUAUUUUUAUUCAUCAUUAACAACAAAGUUUAUUCAUGGAUUUUUUCAACAAAGCAAAAGCUGUAAAAUUAAAAAGUCAUCUGGAUAAGUACUUAGUAGCUGAUGAUGAUCAAGAAAAUAUUAGACAAAGUCGAAAUGGCUCAUCAAGAAAAGCACGCUGGAUCGUUGAAGUUGUCGAUGACGACGUCGAAAACAGACAUUUAAUUCGACUGAAAAGUGUCUCCGGCAAGUAUUUGACGGCUUCUGAUGAACCAUUUCUACUUGGCAUGACCGGAAGAAAGGUACUUCAGACUUUGCCAGAAAAAAUAAAGGACGAAAGAAUUGAGUGGGAACCAAUAAGAGAUGGAUUUCAAGUAAAAUUAAGGGGUUUUGGAGGAAAAUAUUUACGUGCAAAUGGAGGGACACCUCCAUGGAGAAAUAAAGUAACACAUGAUAAUCCUUAUACUGGUAGCACACAAAAUUGGAUUUUGUGGAACGUUGAACCUAUCGACGUACCAGAAAAUGAAUCGUUGACGGAUUAUUUAACGAUGGUUUCGAGUUUUUCAUCGGUUUCUGAUGAACUUUCAAGCUUGGAUUUGGGUUCUCCAGUGUCUGUACAUUCAAGUUUUUCUUUCUCACCAAGGACGAUGACUAAGACAACUUGUAUAACAAAAACAUCAGCAAUGGAGUUAUUCCACAAAGCAAAAGCUGUUCGUUUACAAAGCCACCAUGACAAGUACUUAACAGCUGAGGAAGACGAAGAAUCCGUAACACAAGAUCGUAACGGAGCAUCAAAAAAUGCAAAAUGGACAGUCGAGUUCGUGCCAAAAACUGAUAACGUUAUUCGUUUAAAGAGUUGUUAUGGAAAAUAUUUAACUGCAUCAAAUCAGCCAUUUCUUCUUGGUAUGACUGGUAGGAAAGUGCUUCAGACGAUUCCAGCUAGACUUGAUUCAUCCAUCGAAUGGGAACCUAUUAGGGAAGGGCAACAAGUUAAGUUGAGAACAAGAUAUGGACAGUUUUUGAGAGGGAAUGGUGGACUUCCCCCGUGGAGAAAUUCUGUUACGCAUGAUAUUCCUCAGAGGACUAAGACACAAGAUUGGGUGCUUUGGGAUAUUCAUGUUGUUGAAAUAUUGCCUCAUUCGAAUGGUGUUCCUGCAGCGCCUGCGGUGGAGUUGGGGAGGAGUUCAGAUUCGUUUGCUUCUGAAUCUGGUUCUCCUACUACUGGGUCCUCAAAAUCUCUCAGCUUUUCUAGACAAGAGUCAAGUGAUUCUUUGGUUAAUUCGCCGCCUAAGAUGGGAGACGGAAGGCUUAUAUAUUAUCACAUGACGGAUGAAUUUGGAGAAGUUGAAGAGGGAACAGAGGGACUUUGCAUAACUUUCAAGGGAAAUAGUGUUGAGGAUCUAAGGAAGAGAUUGGAAGAGGAAACGGGGCUUGAAGAUAUUACUGUGUGUACUAAGAGUCCUCUGAACGGGAAGCUUUAUCCUCUCCGCUUGCAGCUUCCUCCCAACAAUGCAAAUAUGAAUGUUAUUAUUUUGCCAUCUUCAUCAAAAGAGGCAUUGUAGGCCAACUCGAGGAACACUACACGGAUUGAUGCAGUAGAUGGAUGUGUAGCUGGAUAUUUUUCAGAGUAAAAGAUGGAUUUCAUCGUACAUGGAUGUGUAGCUGAAUUUUUGUAUCAGUAAAAGAUGGAGACCGUUUAAAACGUAUAGCUCCUUUAUUAUUAUGCAUUUGUAUAUAAGGUUUGUAUAUAAGGUUUUGAGUGCUGAGAAAGAUGAUAGUUACUGGAA